CCUACCAGUACCAGCUGGCCCUGGAGCGCUACGAGUGGAACGAGGUGAAGAACGUCAAGUCCAUCGUGCCCAUGAUCCACGUGUCCUGGAACGUGGCCAGGACCGUCAAGAUCAGCGACCCCGACCUCUACAAGAUGAUCAAGUACUGCCUGCUGCAGUCCAUCAAGCACUGCCAGGUGCAGCGCGAGAGCCUCGUGCGCGCGGGCAAGAAAAUCGCCUACCAGGGCCGGGUGAAGGACGAGCCGGCCUACUACUGCAACGAGUGUGACGUGAGUAUGGGGGGCUGCACGGGGGGCCUGGGGGGGGCCCUGACCCUGACCGUGACCGUGGGGUGCCCCUGGCCGUGCCCUUG